AUGAAAGUCUACUACGUGGAGUGCUUGAGCAAGUACUCGCGUUUGUGUCGCGCGGAAACGUACACGCAAUGGACGUGAGCGCGCGGUGGCGGUGACAGUCGCCAUUUUAUUUUGAAAAUCAAACUGAAGUGGACGCUUAGCGAUCCUUCCAUUUCGUUUGGUUUAUUGGGGGAAAGUAGAAGGAUGACCGUCUGAUCUACUUUUUCGGGAAAACGAUGCUGAACUUGAUGUUAAAUUGAAGGACUCUACCUAGAUCCGGAGGCCAAUUAUUGGGAACAAUCUGUUGGAAGCUAACAUUUUUUUAAACCUUUUUUUUGGGGGGGGGGGAGCAGAAGUAACUUAUCUCUGAAGUGACUAAAGGGGAAUAAUGGUGAUUUUGCGCCGUGCUCGGCCGCCUGCUUCCGCCCCAACCAGCAAUGAAUCUUGACUCGCUUUCGCUGGCUUUGUCUCAAAUCAGCUAUCUGGUGGACAAUUUAACGAAAAAAAAUUACAGAGCCAGCCAGCAAGAAAUACAGCAUAUUGUAAAUCGUCACGGACCUGAGGCAGACAGGCAUUUACUACGCUGUCUCUUCUCCCAUGUGGAUUUCAGUGGCGAUGGUAAAAGUAGUGGCAAGGAUUUUCAUCAGACGCAGUUUCUGAUUCAAGAGUGUGUCUCAUUGAUAUCAAAGCCAAAUUUCAUCUCUACUCUGUGUUACGCCAUUGACAAUCCCCUGCAUUACCAAAAGAGUUUGAAGCCAUCUACACAUUUAUUCACUCAACUGAGUAAAGUUCUUAAGCUCAGCAAGGUUCAGGAGGUGAUAUUUGGUCUUGCUUUACUUAAUUCCAGUAAUAUUGAUCUUCGUGGUUUUGCUGGACAGUAUAUCAAACAGAAACUUCCAGACCUCCUGCGGUCAUACGUUGACGCAGAUCUCGGAGGAAAUCAGGAAGGUGGCUUCCAAGACAUUGCAAUAGAGGUCUUGCACCUACUGCUUUCCCAUCUACUGUUUGGCCAGAAGGGAGCCAGUGGGGUAGGACAAGAGCAGAUUGACGCCUUCCUCAAGACACUUUGCCGAGAUUUUCCCCAGGAGCGCUGUCCUGUGGUGCUUGCACCACUGCUGUACCCUGAAAAACGGGACAUUCUGAUGGACAGGAUCCUUCCAGACUCAGGGGAAUUAACUAAGACCAUGAUGGAGAGUUCUCUUGCAGAAUUCAUGCAAGAAGUUGGCUAUGGCUUCUGUGCUAGUGUGGAUGAGUGCAGAAACAUAAUCCUCCAGUAUGGUGUGAGGGAGGUGACAGCUAGCCAGGUAGCCAGAGUCCUGGGCAUGAUGGCUCGCACUCACUCUGGCUUAACUGAUGGCAUCCCACUACAAUCAAUUUCUGCACCAGGAAGUGGUAUCUGGAGUGAUGGCAAGGAUAAAAAUGAUGGCUCACAGGCACACACGUGGAAUGUUGAGGUUCUUAUUGAUGUUGUCAAAGAAGUGAAUCCCAACUUAAACUUCAAAGAGGUGACCUAUGAGUUGGACCACCCUGGCUUUAUAAUUCGUGACAGUAAAGGUCUACAAACAGUAGUGUAUGGCAUUCAGAGAGGGUUAGGAACGUUGGAGGUCUUCCCUGUUGAUCUCAUCUAUCGGCCAUGGAAACAUGCAGAAGGACAGUUGUCAUUCAUUCAGCACUCUCUGAUGAGCCCAGAAGUGUUCUGCUUUGCUGACUACCCUUGCCACACUGUGGCCAUUGACAUACUUAAGGCCCCACCAGAGGAUGACAACCGGGAGAUUGCCACCUGGAAAAGUCUGGACUUGGUGGAGAGCCUGCUUAGGCUGUCAGAGGUGGGCCAGUAUGAGCAGGUGAAACAGCUGUUUAGUUUCCCAAUCAAACACUGCCCAGAUAUGUUGGUGCUGGCACUACUGCAGAUCUCCACCUCGUGGCACACACUGCGCCAUGAGCUCAUCUCAACUCUUAUGCCCAUAUUUCUGGGCAACCACCCAAACUCUGCCAUAAUCCUGCAUUAUGCCUGGCAUGGACAGGGGCAGUCCCCCUCCAUUCGUCAGCUAAUUAUGCAUUCAAUGGCUGAGUGGUACAUGAGAGGGGAGCAGUAUGACCAGGCCAAACUCUCUCGCAUCCUUGAUGUGGCCCAGGACUUGAAGUCUCUGUCAAUGCUGCUGAAUGGUAUUCCAUUUGCCUUUGUUAUUGACCUUGCUGCCCUUGCCUCGCGACGUGAAUACCUCAAACUUGACAAAUGGCUUACUGACAAAAUCAGAGAGCAUGGGGAACCUUUUAUACAAGCAUGUGUGACAUUCCUGAAGAGGCGCUGUCCAUCAAUUAUGGGGGGUUUGGCCCCAGACAAGGACCAGCCCAAAAGUGCCCAGCUGCCGCCAGAGACCUUAGCCACCAUGCUGGCCUGCCUGCAGUCUUGUGCUGGAAGUGUGUCCCAGGAGCUGUCUGAAACUAUUCUGACAAUGGUUGCUAACUGCAGUAACGUCAUGAAUAAAGCCCGGCAACCACCACCAGGGGUAAUGCCAAAGGGACGUGCUCCUAGUGCUGGCAGCCUAGAUGCCAUCUCACCUGUUCAGAUGGACCCACUCUCUGCCAUGGGUUCCUUGAACCUAGGCAAUACGACCACCUCACACACUUCAAGCAUGCUAAGUUCAGCUUUUAGUAAUCCUCAAUCCCCUGCAAAGGCCUUUCCUCCCCUCUCUAAUGCCAACCCCAGCACACCAUUUGGGUGUAUGGACUCUGGUCCUUUGGGUCCAGGAAUUUGCUCUGGUAUAGGUUCCAGUCUGGGGAUGCCAACAGUGAACGCAGACCCUUUUGGCACAAGAAAGAUGAGCACACCAGGCCUAAACCCAUCUACUUUUCCGCAGAGUAAGAUGAAGGCCUAUGACCUCUCUCAGGUGUGGCCUGAAGCAAACCAGCACUUUAGUAAGGAAAUAGAUGAUGAAGCAAACAGUUACUUCCAGCGCAUAUAUAACCACCCACCUCACCCAACUAUGUCUGUGGAUGAAGUACUAGAAAUGCUACAAAGAUUCAAAGAUUCAACCAUCAAGCGCGAACGAGAAGUUUUUAACUGUAUGCUUCGGAACUUGUUUGAAGAAUACAGAUUCUUUCCCCAAUAUCCAGACAAAGAGCUGCACAUCACUGCCUGUCUCUUUGGUGGCAUAAUUGAGAAGGGUCUUGUAACCUACAUGGCCCUAGGCUUGGCCCUUCGAUAUGUUCUUGAAGCAUUAAGAAAACCUUUUGGUUCAAAAAUGUAUUACUUUGGAAUUGCUGCCCUAGACAGGUUCAAAAACAGACUUAAGGACUACCCUCAAUAUUGUCAACACCUAGCUUCAAUUGGUCACUUCUUACAAUUUCCACACCAUUUACAAGAGUGUGUGCAGUAUAUUGAGUAUGGCCAACAGUCACGGGACCCUCCGGUGAAGAUGCAAGGCUCCAUUACCACCCCUGGAAGUUUGGCACUGGCUCAAGUUCAAGCUCAGUCGCAACAACCUGGUGUUCCCAAAGCCUCACAACCGGGUCAACCCAGCCCUCUUGUCACCCCAACAACUAGUACUACUACCACACCAGCAAAGACUACCACAAUCACCAGACCAACACCCAGUGGCUUCAAGAAGGAUGUGCCUCCCUCUAUAAACACUACCAACAUUGACACCCUACUGGUGGCCACUGAUCAAACGGAAAGGAUAGUGGAGCCUCCAGAGAAUGUACAAGAGAAGAUUGCUUUUAUCUUCAAUAACCUUUCUCAAUCCAACAUGACACAGAAGGUUGAAGAGUUGAAGGAGACAGUGAAGGAGGAAUUCAUGCCCUGGGUGUCUCAGUACCUGGUAAUGAAGCGUGUCAGUAUUGAACCAAACUUCCACAGUCUGUAUUCAAACUUUCUGGACACUCUAAAGAACCCAGAGUUUGUCAAGAUGGUUCUCAAUGAAACCUACAGAAAUAUAAAGGUUUUACUAACUUCUGAUAAAGCAGCUGCCAACUUCUCUGAUCGCUCUCUUCUGAAAAACCUGGGCCACUGGCUAGGCAUGAUUACUUUGGCUAAAAACAAGCCAAUCCUCUAUACAGAUCUAGAAGUCAAAUCUCUGCUACUGGAAGCCUAUGUGAAAGGCCAGCAGGAGCUGCUUUAUGUGGUUCCGUUCGUGGCCAAAGUUUUGGAAUCCAGUGUGCGAAGUAUGAUUUUCAGGCCUCAGAAUCCCUGGACUAUGGCCAUCAUGAAUGUUCUUGCUGAAUUACAUCAGGAACAUGACCUCAAGCUCAAUUUGAAGUUUGAGAUUGAAGUUCUGUGUAAGAACUUGUCUCUUGACAUCAAUGAACUCAAGCCAGGGAACCUGCUGAAGGACAAAGAAAAGUUAAAGAACCUAGAGGAGCAACUGUCUGCGCCAAAGAAGGAUGCAAAGCCUCCAGAUGAGAUGAUAUCAGUUUCUACAACUGGAGACUUUGUUCCAUUUCCAGCUACUCCCUCGACUCAAGCUUCCACCACUACUACUUGCACAACCACCGGGCCCCCUACCCCACAGUUCAGUUACCAUGACAUCAAUGUUUAUGCAUUGGCAGGCCUUGCCCCCCACAUUAACAUAAACGUCAAUAUCCCUUUGCUACAAGCCCAUCCUCAGUUGAAGCAGUGUGUACGGCAGUCUGUUGAGCGGGCUGUCCAAGAACUAGUUCAUCCUGUGGUUGAGCGCUCUAUUAAAAUUGCAAUGACAACCUGUGAGCAGAUUAUCAGAAAAGACUUUGCCUUGGAUUCAGAGGAGUCCCGUAUGCGUGUAGCUGCUCACCAUAUGAUGAGAAAUCUGACUGCUGGGAUGGCCAUGAUCACCUGCCGUGAGCCCCUGCUCAUGAGCAUUGCCACUAAUCUUAAGAACAGUUUUGCUGCUGCCCUUAGAGCACCAACACCUCAGCAGAGGGAAAUGAUGGAGGAGGCUGUUGCCAGAAUUGCUCAAGACAACUGUGAAUUGGCUUGUUGCUUUAUACAGAAAACUGCUGUGGAGAAGGCUGGCCCUGAAAUGGAUAAGAGACUGGCCACUGAGUUUGAGCUGAGAAAACAUGCACGCCAAGAAGGACGUCGUUAUUGUGAUCCUGUUGUUCUGACUUACCAGGCAGAACGUAUGCCUGAACAGAUUAGACUGAAGGUGGGAGGAGUGGACCCCAAGCAACUAGCUGUAUAUGAGGAGUUUGCCAGGAACAUUCCAGGUUUCUUACCAAGUAAUGAUCUGUCCCAGCCCACAGGCUUCUUGGCUCAGCCCAUGAAGCAACAGGCAUGGGCCACAGACGAUGUGGCUCAGAUAUAUGAUAAGUGCAUGGCAGACUUGGAACAGCAUCUUCAUGCAAUCUCCCCUGCCUUGGCCAUGAAUCCUCUGACCCAGGCUCUGCGUAGCCUCUUAGAAGCUGUUGCAUUGGCUAGGAACUCCAGGGAUGGUAUUGCUGCACUUGGCCUUCUGCAGAAGGCUGUCGAAGGUCUCUUAGAUGCUACGAGCGGGGCUGAUGCAGACUUGCUGCUUCGCUAUAGGGAGUGCCACUUGUUGGUGCUUAAAGCCCUACAAGAUGGUCGUGCCUAUGGGCCACAGUGGUGUAAUAAGCAGAUCACCAGAUGUCUGAUUGAAUGCCGUGAUGAGUAUAAAUACAAUGUUGAAGCUGUGGAGCUUCUGAUCAGGAACCAUCUUGUGAAUAUGCAGCAGUAUGACCUGCACUUGGCCCAGUCUAUGGAAAAUGGACUGCACUACAUGGCAGUUGCGUUUGCCAUGCAGUUGGUAAAACUACUGUUGGUGGAUGAACGCAGUGUCAGCCAUGUCACAGAGGCUGACCUCUUUCACACAAUUGAGACUUUAAUGAGGACCUGUGCACACUCCAGAGCCAACGCACCAGAGGGUCUUCCCCAGCUGAUGGAUGUUGUUCGCUCCAACUAUGAGGCCAUGAUUGACAGAGCCCAUGGUGGACCCAACUUCAUGAUGCACUCUGGGAUUUCACAGGCUUCAGAAUAUGAUGAUCCUCCAGGCCUAAGGGAGAAGGCAGAGUACCUCCUGAGGGAAUGGGUCAACCUGUAUCACUCAGCUGCUGCUGGUAGGGAUAGCACCAAGGCCUUUUCUGCCUUUGUUGGACAGAUGCACCAACAAGGUAUUCUCAAGACAGAUGACCUGAUUACAAGGUUCUUUCGGCUGUGCACAGAAAUGUGUGUAGAAAUAAGCUAUAGAGCACAAGCUGAGCAGCAGCACAAUCCAGCUGCCAGCGCAGCCAUCAUCCGAGCUAAGUGUUACCACAACCUGGAUGCAUUUGUUAGGCUUAUAGCCCUUCUGGUCAAACACUCUGGAGAAGCCACCAACACCGUGACAAAAAUCAACCUCCUCAACAAGGUGUUGGGCAUCGUAGUUGGGGUAUUGAUCCAGGACCAUGAUGUCCGGCAGACAGAGUUCCAGCAGCUCCCAUAUCACCGCAUUUUCAUUAUGCUGCUGUUGGAACUUAAUGCCCCUGAACAUGUCCUUGAGACCAUUAAUUUCCAGACUCUCACCGCCUUCUGCAAUACCUUUCACAUCCUGAGACCUACCAAAGCACCUGGCUUUGUGUACGCCUGGCUGGAACUUAUCUCCCAUCGUAUUUUCAUUGCCAGGAUGCUAGCGCACACACCACAGCAAAAGGGAUGGCCUAUGUAUGCGCAGCUGCUGAUUGAUCUCUUCAAAUACCUGGCCCCUUUCCUGAGGAAUGUAGAACUUAACAAACCUAUGCAAAUCCUCUACAAGGGUACACUGAGAGUGCUAUUGGUCCUGCUCCAUGAUUUCCCAGAGUUCCUGUGUGACUAUCAUUAUGGCUUCUGUGAUGUUAUCCCACCAAAUUGCAUUCAGCUACGCAACCUCAUCCUCAGUGCCUUUCCACGCAAUAUGAGGCUGCCCGACCCUUUUACACCUAAUCUUAAGGUAGACAUGCUGAGUGAAAUCAACAUCGCUCCCCGUAUUCUCACCAACUUUACUGGCGUUAUGCCCUCCCAGUUCAAGAAGGAUCUGGACUCAUACCUCAAGACCCGCUCACCUGUCACUUUUCUGUCUGAGCUACGCAGCAACCUGCAGGUAUCUAAUGAGCCAGGAAAUCGCUACAACAUCCAGCUGAUUAAUGCUCUAGUGCUGUAUGUAGGCACACAAGCUAUUGCUCACAUCCACAAUAAGGGCAGCACCCCCUCUAUGAGCACGAUCACUCACUCGGCCCACAUGGACAUCUUCCAGAACCUGGCUGUGGACCUGGAUACUGAAGGUCGUUACUUGUUCUUGAAUGCAAUCGCAAAUCAGCUGCGUUACCCCAACAGCCACACACACUACUUCAGCUGCACCAUGCUCUAUUUGUUUGCCGAGGCCAACACAGAGGCCAUCCAGGAACAGAUCACCCGGGUUCUAUUGGAGAGGCUGAUAGUGAACAGGCCACAUCCUUGGGGUCUUCUGAUCACCUUCAUUGAGCUGAUCAAGAAUCCUGCCUUUAAGUUUUGGAGUCAUGACUUUGUGCACUGUGCCCCUGAAAUCGAAAAGCUGUUCCAGUCAGUAGCUCAGUGCUGCAUGGGACAAAAACAAGCCCAGCAAGUGAUGGAGGGCACCGGUGCCAGUUAGUCUGUGUACCAACCAGCUUGAGCCCUCAGGAGAGAUGCCGUGGCCUUGACCUACUCGCUCUACCACACACCUCCCUCUUUAUUGUUGGCACUGGAUGAACUGUCAGCCACAUAUGUGGAUGGAAAGACUACUGCUCCUGGAUCUGAAGAGUUACAUUUAGUUUUUCUUGAGGUUCGUCGCAUUGGGACAUGCUGUUAUACUUUUUUUUAUGCUUUGAUGUAAAUAUUGGAAUAAAGGGAGAUGGUGGGUAGGAUUAGGGAAAGCAAUGAAUGUCAGAUGGGUCCUGACAAUUUAGACAUCAAAACAUUGUCAUUCACUGCCGAAACCCUUGGUUUGCUUCCUUUCCAGACUUUUUUUUUCUUCAUUGACUUACAGACUGAAUGGUAGAUGAUUGAUGAGAAAAUGUUGCCUGCUACUUCCAUUUGAUAUUUUUUUUUAAGUUUAAUCUUCCGAAGGGGGGACUCUGCUCCUGAUAUGUUGUUGGAGACCCGUUGACUGAUAUGUCCAUUUGAAUUGGGCUCUGGAAGUCUCUCCCUGGCACUUGUAAAAUUGUGCAAAGUGAUGGUGACAUUGUAUCUUGAUUAUUUGUACAAAGAUCCAAAUUGAAGAACAAUAGAAGGACCAAUGCAGCCCAUUUUGUAACAUUUUGAAUGUUUUGUAAAUGUAUUGGUCCAUGUGUUGUAUUUUGUAGUUCUUUCUAGUUUGCCUUUAGUUCUUGCUACUUAACUGCAGUAUGCAUACAUACACAAAAUAAAGCAUUUAAACUGC